GGUCUGUUGAUGCCCCACCGGCUCUGCUUUCCUCAGUCUCUUGUCUGCCUGAUUGUAUCUGCUGUACUUACUGUACAGCGGUGCCCUGAACGCACCACAGGGAGGAGUGACUAUAUUUAUACAUCUGUGGCAGUGACAAUAUUAACAGACAUAAAGGGAGAGCACACAAACGCAUCAUACUGAAAGAUGUCUGCGACCCCGCAGCCCGCAAAGAUGAAAAAGGACGAGUCUUUCCUGGGGAAAUUAGGAGGAACUCUGGUGCGGAAGAAAAAGUCUAAAGAAGUGAGUGAUCUCCAUGAGGAGGGGAAGAAUGCCAUCAACGCUCCCAUGCUUCCCACGGGGACAGAAAUCCAUCCGGAGGACACACUGAUGGAGGAAAACGCAGAGAGGAUCAUGUUGGACCCAACAUCGCGGGAAAAUCUUAAAUUUAAAGAUCUUCUGAAGGUCCUGAUAGACUGGAUCAACAGUGAGUUGGAGGAAGACCGGAUCAUAGUCAAAGACCUGGAGGAGGACUGUUAUGAUGGACAAGUUCUCCAGAAGUUAUUUGAAAAGUUGUCGGGCAGGAAGCUGAACGUGGCCGAGGUGACUCAGUCCGAGAUCGGCCAAAAGCAGAAGCUGCAGACGGUUUUGGAGUCCGUCAACGAAAUGCUGCGGCCUCAUGGCUGGACCAUUGAGUGGAGCGUGGACUCUAUCCAUUCAAAGAACCUGGUGGCGAUCAUCUACCUGCUGGUGGCUCUGGCGAUGCACUUCCAGGCUCCGAUCAGACUGCCGGAGCAUGUUUCUGCGCAGGUGGUGGUUGUCAAGAAACGUGAAGGCAUCCUGCAGACGGCUCUUGUGACCAAGGAGCUGACGAGCACCACAGAAAUGAUGAUGGGAAGAUUUGAGAGGGACGCGUUUGACACUUUGUUGGAUCACGCACCUGACAAGCUCAACGUGGUGAAAACGUCUCUCAUCACCUUUGUGAACAAACACCUGAACAAGCUGAACCUGGAAGUGACUGAGCUGGAAUCUCAGUUUGCUGAUGGCGUGUAUCUGAUAUUGCUGAUGGGGCUGCUCGAAGACUACUUUGUCCCUCUGUUCAACUUCUUCCUCACUCCUGAGAGCUUCGAACAGAAGGUCCACAAUGUGGCGUUUGCCUUUGAGCUGAUGCAAGAUGGAGGCCUGAAGAAACCCAAAGCCAGACCAGAAGAUGUUGUCAACCUGAACCUGAAGUCCACCCUCAGAGUCCUCUACAACCUUUUCACCAACUACAAAAACUCUGAGUGAACUGUUCCAGUUUCACCCCCCUGAUAUUACUUCUGAACGCUGCUCUGUGCCUGUGCUGAUUAUACGUAGCAGUCUGGACACUGGAGGACACCGACUGGGACUGAAAGUCACAAUUAUGUUGGACUUAAAACCACCCAGGGGGAGAAGCAGGAAAAAGGCUUUGAAUGUUAGAUAUUAAUCUUCUCCAAAUGUCAGUAUUUAUUUAUUACUUUUUUUAAAUGUUAAAUGCAACCAAGGAAACCCUGCAACCUUUUAGCCUUUUAAAUACACAGCCGUCACAAGAGAAAUAAACGAGGGCCGAAUGUUUAAACAUUUGUGUUAAACUGAUAACUGAAAGCUGGAAAUACUGUUAUAUAUUAGAUAGUAGCCUAUCUAAAAAACAUUUCUGUAAAUAUUAAAAGUAUAUUUUUGGGGAAAUAGACGCAGACCUAUUUGUUUAACUGUCAAGAGUUUGAUAAGAAGAUGGAUAUCACUACAUUUAAAGCUAUUGUAAGAGUCAAGAGCCAGUUAGCUUAGCUUAGCAUUAAGACAUGAGGACCUGCUCGCCAAAUAACAAUUUAAAAGCUUUACCUAAGGCUCAACUCAACAGCUAGCUUAGAGAUGAUAUACCUCCCUUUCUUAAGCUUUCUAGUUGGCUGUCUCAUUAAAUUAUCGAUUUACAGUAAGCUAGAUUUAGGAGUAACAAUUUAAAAAGUAGUUUUUUACAAUAAAAGUUACAUUUGUAUGGCAUACUAUUUUAGUAUAAAGUAAAACAGAUAUCACAGAGUCAGAUUAUUGUUGUAACUCAUUACCAAAUACACUUUAACUUGCUGUAUUUUGCAUUUUUCAGUACAGCGCUGUUACCUUCUGCUUCUAGCGUUAUGCUAGGCUAAGCUAACUGGCUGUAGCUUCAUGUGUAGUGUUACUGAUCUUCUCGUGUUACUCUUGACAAGAAAGCGAAUAAGUAUAUUUCCCCAAACUAUUCCUUUAAGAAACUUGAAAAUGCCAUGUAUUAUAUAUUAUAUGAUAUCUGAAAAUGCUUUGUUUGUAUAUUACUACAGCUAUAUAUAAAUAUAUAUAAUUGCUUUUACUUGAUAACUGAACUAGGAAUGAUCCUUUUUUUCUCUGAACUAUGCACACCACUUCUCAAGCCAUAAGAGCUGCUGCUGUUUUGCUUUAAGUGCAGCGCUCUCAGCCUCAGGAGAUUCAUGAGUCAGAGUAUCUUCGUAGUGACCCGGCCUUUUCAGACGAGUCUCCGAGGAGGUCUGGACCCUCACUCGGCUCUCCUGAAGCAGAGCAGGAGCCCGCCGUGCCACCUGGAGAUGUGCUAAGAUGUACCAUGCACGACUACUCAUGCAUUUUAAAGCCGGGGAUGAAUUAUUAAGAGAGUGGAUGAAUCAAUCUAAACCACGCUUGCGUUUUGAUGUCUCACCCCUGUGCGUUCCUAGUUUUUUUUUUAUAAUCUUGCCUAUCAAGAAAUAAAUGCCUGAAAUCAAACAGAA